AUGGAGGAGAGAAUACAGUUCGACAUCAACGAUUCACUCAAGUACUACUUGAGUGAUCCCACAUCGAUCCCAACCCCCGAUGCAGACCCUGAGCUGCUGGAUUGCGAAACAGACCCCGAUCAGCUGUCAGCGGCCUUGGUGGACAAUGUAUUGAAUCCAAUCGUGGACGCGGUGGCGGAGAAUCCCGAAGGAUUGACGAGAGGCUCGUUUUUUGAUUCCCUCCAGUUUCUGUUAAAGUGCGCCCCGGUCCCUUCCCAACUCCCCUAUGGAGGCUUCUGCCCACCUGGAAUCGACUCUGAACUCUUGAAAUCUUGCAGAUAUUCGACGUUUCUCCCCACCAAGUCGCUCAGCAAACUUCUUGAUCUCAUUGUCUCCGGGCUGUCUGUUGAAGCCGAUAUCAUUUACGGAGAUCUUGAAUCGGACGAACAGGAUGCCAUCCAACACCACAAGCAGCUGCUGGAGAUGUACGGUUUUCUUCUUCAAUGGGCCCUAUCUGCUGUCGAGGUGAAGGCUGCCGAAAAGCCGGCGGAGGCUGUGCCAGCGCGACGAGGAGGCCCGAAAUCCAAGUCCAAGUCAGCCAAGGAUGGUCAUUGGGAUUGGACACCCCAGAUCCAAAUAUCAAUGGAGACAAUGUGCAAGGUGAUGAAACUGAAGCUUGGCCGGAUUUUUCUGACUACUUCCGAUCGUGACACUUUUAUUAAUCUCUUUACCCGCACGAUUUAUCUGGUUCUCGAGAGCGAACAACGCGUCAAGAGCAUGACUAUCCGCAUGCAUGCUUUCAAGGUUCUUUGCAUCGCGGUGAAGCAUCAUGGUCAUGCCUUUGGCGCGCAGACGUCCAUUGUGCAGAGCUUGACCUAUUUCGAGCAUCUGUCAGAGCCCAUGGCCGAAUUCCUUCAUAUCCUCGCCGAGCAAUAUGAUUAUCCCCAACUCUCGGAUGAGAUUUUAAAGGAGCUCGGGAACAAGGAGUUCAACUCCAACGACACGAGAGGGCCUAAAUCCGUAUCUGCCUUUAUUAUCAAACUCUCCGAGCUGGCCCCCCGGUUGAUCAUUAAGCAAAUGACUCUCUUGGCCAAGCAGCUCGACAGUGAGGCUUAUACCCUCCGGUGCGCCGUAAUUGAGGUUUGCGGGAACCUCAUAUCCGAUCUCAGCAGACAGGAAGAACCCAGCGAAAACUACAAGACCCAGAUCAACGCCUUUUUUGACGUGCUGGAAGAGCGAUUCCUCGAUAUCAACCCCUACUGCCGCUGUCGAGCUAUUCAGGUCUUCAUGCGGAUCUGCGAUUUGGAGCAAAAAUUCCCUAAGCGCCGACAGGCAGCCGCAGAAUUGAGCGCGAGAAGCCUAGAAGACAAAAGCAGUAAUGUCCGACGUAACGCGAUCAAACUGCUGUCGAAACUGGUUUCAACCCACCCGUUCAGCGUCAUGCACGGCGGGCAACUGUCAUACAAAGAAUGGACAGAGAGGCUCGAUGGAGUAGAUAACGAACUGAAUGCCCUGCGGCCUCCGGAGACUCCAGGAUUUGAUGCAGGAGAUGUCACGCAAGUUGACAGUGAACUAUUGGACGAAGCAACCCAAAUACCGGAUGAUUCUCCAUCCAAGGCACCCCGAAUGACUGAGGAGGAAAAGGCCGUCGCCAUGCAAAAAGCGGCCGAGCAGGCUGCGACUUCUGAGUUGCUCACCCGAAUGCAACUUACCAGGAAGUACUACAACGAAGCCAUCCGCUUUAUCGAGGUGCUACAUUCGGCCUCCAGCGUGGUUUCCCAGCUGCUCUCGUCUCGAAACAAGAGCGAAGUGAUCGAGGCCAUGGAUUUCUUUGUCGUUCUUGAUGCGUAUAAAGUGGAGACGGCGCGCAGUGGAAUACGUCGCAUGCUGCGUUUGAUUUGGACCAAGGGCAACAGUGAUGAAGGGAAAGGCGUUCAGUCACAUUUGAUCGAUUGCUACAAGGAUCUCUUCUUCGAUGCACCAGACUCGUUCAGCCCCAACGAUGCAGCAAACUACAUCGCCCGCAAUAUGAUCAGUUUGACCUUUGGGUCGACACCUGCAGAGCUCACUUGCCUCGAGCAACUGCUGAGUACGAUGAUGAAAGCUGGUCACAUACCGGAGACAGUGAUCGCCAAACUUUGGCAGGUCUAUGGCGUCCAGAAAAAGGAAAUUUCACGGACACAGCGUCGAGGUGCCAUCAUUGUGCUCGGCAUGCUCGCCAUAGCGGAUCCGGAAGUUGUGGUAAAGGAGAUUGAAACAAUGUUGCGCAUUGGUCUUGGGGGCUUGGGGAGGUCUGACCUCGUGCUGGCCAAGUAUACUUGCGUUGCGUUGCGGCGCAUGGUUCCGGGGCGUCAAGCCAAAUCGAAGGAUAUCGGCAUCCCCAAGCUUGCCAACGACCACGCUGUUCUGACCAAGCUUGCUGCCAUGGUCGAGAUUGUGUCUGACAGUAAGGAGUGGUAUGGGGUGGCCGAGCAAGUGAUCAGCGCCAUCUAUACUCUUUCCAAGCAUCCCGAUGUUCUUUGCUCUGACAUCCUUAGACGGAAAACUAAGUUUGUCUUCCAGCCUCACGUCCAACGUCCAUCCUCUUCCCAUUCAUCCACCAAUGGGGAGGAUCAGCGACCAGGGACUGCGUCCUCGGAGGAUCAGGGGUCUAAGCCGAAGCCCUCGUCUGCUGCGCUCUCGCAGCUACUCUACGUCGUGGGGCAUAUCGCAAUCAAGCAAAUUGUGCAUUUGGAGCUGUGUGAACUCGAUUUCAAGCGGCGCAAGGCUGAACAGGAGAAGAACAAAGUGGUAACUCCUGCUCCUCAGGCGAACGAGGAAGCUGCCGAAGAUGACGAGCUCGAUCUCAUCGGUGGGACAACCGAAGACGAUUUCACGGACGCCAUGGCUCAUAUCCGAGAACGCGAGCUCCUCUACGGCGAGAACUCCCUGCUCGCCAAGUUCGGUCCGUUGGUGGCGGAAAUCUGUGCCAAUAAUAAUACCUAUUCAGAUCGCGAUCUCCAAGCAGCGGCGACUUUGUGUCUGGCCAAACUCAUGUGUGUGUCGGCUGAGUAUUGUGAAAAGAACCUCCCACUCCUGAUCACAAUCAUGGAGCGAUCCGAAGACCCAAUCGUGCGCAGUAAUGCGGUCAUUGCGCUCGGCGACAUGGCCGUCUGCUUCAACCACCUCAUUGACGAGAACACUGAUUUCCUAUAUCGUCGCCUGAACGACGACGAUGCCUCCGUCAAGCGAACCUGCCUCAUGACGCUCACCUUCCUCAUUCUAGCCGGCCAGGUCAAGGUCAAGGGACAGCUGGGGGAGAUGGCAAAGUGCCUGGAAGACGACGACAAGAAGAUCGCCGAUCUAGCGCGCAUGUUUUUCACGGAGCUCGCCACCAAAGACAAUGCCGUAUACAACCAUUUUGUCGACAUGUUCAGUCUGCUCAGUGCAGAACGCAAUCUGGAGGAGGCGUCGUUGCGCCGCAUUGUCAAGUUCUUGAUCGGGUUUGUCGAGAAGGAGAAACAUGCCCGCCAGCUGGCCGAAAAACUGGCCGCUCGACUCCCCCGCUGCGAAACCGAACGACAGUGGAACGAUGUCGCCUAUGCCCUGUCCCUGCUACCGCAUAAAAAUGAGGACAUCACCAAGACUGUCAGCGCAGGGUUCAAUAAGGUCGCCAGCGCGGCUGCUUAA